CUGUAUACAUCACCAGCAUAGUCCCUGUAUAGAAACUGUGGGCCUGUACAGAAUCAUAACUGAAACGGCAUCCAGUACUUGCUCUUUAUCACUGCACCACCAUACUUCACAUCUGCCAAGGAGAAGUUGUUUAUAUUGCCUCAUGACUUGGUUUGCCACCUGUUACUAAUGUUACUUGAUGCCAAUGCUAUUGGGAAAGACAGGCUAAUAUAUUAUUUCUAGAAAAGGUGGAAACCUAACUUACAUAUUUUAUACUGUGAGAUUUCAUCCUGAUAAAUGUUUUGUUUAUUUAAAAUUGGCAGGACAACCAUAAUCCCACACACAAUAGCAAAACUGUACCUUGUGUUUUCAGGUCCCCUCCCUAAGAUGUGUGAAUUCCUCCCUCCUUACGAGGGUAAGGUGGCGCCAUGCAGUAAGGAGCAGGUUUUCUCCAUGCAGAGAGCUAUGCAGGUGUGGUAUGUGGGUGAGGCUCUGUAGGCAAAGAGUCAGCUGAGUUUCAGUUGUAGUCAGUGUGAAACACACUCAAACAGGGAAUGAUAGGGGGAAAUAUGGGCUAUGCUGUUGCUGAUGGAUGGGGACCCUUGGAAACAGUGGGACACAUGGUUAUUAAUCUACCAGCAGAGCAGCGCAUUUUCCUGACUGGCCAGGUAUCAGCCUUGGCCCUGGCAUUCUUGUUCCGCUGGUAUCUACCUACCUCACAAUAUGGUCCAAUAUUCAGACACAGCAUAGCUUCUCUGUUUGGCAUCUGCCUGUCCAUCUACUGCUUUGGCUGGCUUACCCUAUUUCUUAUUGGAGAACUGGUCCUAGGAUACCUUCUGCUGCUGCUUGCGGAUUCUAGAAGAGUCCAUGUGUAUACUCUGUUCCUAACUAUGGCAUAUCUGACACUUUUCCAUGUUCAGAGAUUUCUAUACCCUGCAGAAGAUCAGCUGGACUUCACUGUACCCUUGAUGAUGUUGACUCAGAAAAUAAGCAGAGUGGCUUUCGAAUUUCAUGAUGGCCAUUUCCAGACAGAGAAACCUCUCAGCCCAUUACAGAGACGUCUUGUUAUUCGGCCCCUGCCUUCCCCUCUCAGCUAUGUCAGCUACACCCUAGGUUUCUUGGGACUUCUGGCUGGUCCUGUGUGUUCAUAUAAUGACUACCAGAUAUUUAUCCAUGGGAAUGAGAAGACUGGGAACCCAAAUGUUGCUGUGUCCAGAAAGCUAAGUCUCUGCUGUCUCCUUCUGGGUGCCCACCUUGUCCUAUCAGAUCGUUUCUCUAUAUCUGAUGACCAGGGUUGCUCUGUGUUUGGUCAGUACUUGGAUCUUUACCUAAUGGCAGCCUCCAGAAGACCGAAGUAUUAUUUUGCAUGGACCCUAGCAGACGCUAUUAAUAAUGCAGCUGGAUUUGGAUACAAUGGCAUAUCUGAAGAUGGAACAGAGAGAUGGGAUCUGCUGUCCAAUCUGGAUAUUGUGAAGAUUGAGACUGCUACAAGCUUCAAGAUGUUUAUCGAUAACUGGAAUAUACAGACUGCAGUGUGGCUGAAAGAGGUUUGUUAUGAUCGAAGCACAUAUAACCCUCUGUUGUCCACAUUCAUGUUGUCAGCUGUUUGGCAUGGAGUACAUCCAGGCUACUACCUCACCUUUCUCACUGCUGUUCCUAUCACUUUGGCUGCCCGGAAUGCGAGGAGAACCAUACGCCCAUGGUUCCAGGGUAAUGCUCUAAAUAAAACAGUCUAUGAUGUGAUCACCUGGUUGUGUACCCAGAUAGCAAUGAGUUACACCGUGGCUCCAUUUAUGCUGCUUGAGCUGGGUCUGUCACUUAAACUGUACAGAUCUCUGGGCUUCUCGCUACAUAUACUCCCUGUGUUCUUACUUCUGGUACUUCCCAAAACCUUAAAACCUCACAGUGCUGAGAAAAGCAGAAGCACCACUACAGUAUGUGAAAAAAAAAUGAAAUGAAGAAAGAAGCUUGAGGGAGUUAGUGGAAGAUGGCAAAUGUGUGAGUGUGUAGGAGUAACAGCAAUGACAGCUUUACUUUUUUCAUUCUGAAGGACAAGAUGUGAUUAAAAUACAAGGUUCACUUCUGUGAUACAUUCAGCAUUGUGCUGCUCUAGAAUAUGUUUAUAGAAUUGUGCUGCUUGUGAUGUCUGGAUGCAGUCUUUUGCACAACUGUCUUCCUUAUUAGGAAACAGAGCUCAUUUACUAACCGGGGCAUAUUUACACCAGUGUGGUAACCAAUCAUCAUCAUUUAUUUAUAUAGAGCUGUCAAGAUACGCAGUGCUUAACCAAUGCAACUAAUGUAAAGCUUAAA